GCUACCAGUGUAGUUACAACUGCAACUGUCCCAACGUCACGUGUGAUUCUAGAGAUGGGUGUCGAAAUCAGACCUGCAACAGAGGGUGGUCAGGACCGACAUGCCAGAAAUAUAACAAAGCACUCGGUAAACCAACAAACGCCAGUAGCAUCUACAUGCCAUCACUAAAUGCUGUAGAUGGUAACACCAGUGCGCAAGACCAUCGCUACUGCUUUCAUUCAGCCUUCAAUGACGCUAAUAUAACAGUUGCGUGGUGGAGAGUGGAUCUGAGUAAGAUGACACAAGUUCAUGACGUCACCAUAUACUUCAGGACAGACCAUAAAGAUCGUCGGAAUGGUAUCCAGAUUUACAUAGCCGAUACUUUUGCAAACCCAACUGAUGGGGUCAACUGCAACAACGUGACAGAGAAAGAGGACAGGACAGCCAUACCUGGUGUUUUGGACGUCACGUGUUCUGGUAAAGGGCGCUAUCUAGUGCUGUACACAACUGUAAAACACAGCCCAAAAAGAGUUCCUAUUUUGGAUUUCUGCGAAGUGCAGGUUGACGUUUGCGGUCCUGGUACAUUCGGCGCUGACUGUGACAACUACUGCCACUGUGACGGUGAGGUGUGCGACUACGUGAGCGGCGUCUGUCCGAGUGGAGGCUGUCUUUCAGGCUGGCAGCAAGACAAGUGUGACACAGAGUGUACUCCAGGCAAUUAUGGACCAAACUGUAGUCAGAAAUGCUCUAAUCGGAACUGCAAGACCGACAACUCUAGCUGUGUCCGCGUGACAGGGGAGUGUGUUGGGGGUUGCAUGACAGGGUGGAAUGGAACAGACUGUACACAGAAAUGCCUACUUACCUACGGAGACGGCUGUGCCAACCUGUGCUCUGACAGACACUGCAGUGGGACAUUAACAUGUGAUCACGUAACCGGGAAGUGUGAAUACGGCUGCAAUCCCGGAUGGAAGGAAGCUGACUGCACAACAGAGUGCAUCCAGGGCAUAGAGUACGGAUCUGGCUGUGUUGGUAACUGCAGUGCCCGGAUGUGUGAUGGCGGGACAGGCUCCUGUCCCAAGAAAACAGGCCAGUGUGAUUCAGUCUGUCUAUCAGGGUGGCAGGGAGAAGACUGCGCACAGAAAUGUAGAACCGGGUCAUUCGGUGAAAACUGUACAGGAGAAUGUGGCCAGUGUCGUGACGACAACUGUCAUCAUGUCAACGGAACCUGCCUUACUGGAUGCAAUGAUGGGUGGACUAACCUCACAUGUACACAAACUAGCAGGCUGAAGCCUCAACGUCCGAUGUAG